ACAGGGUGACUCCCUGACUUCUGGAAAAGAGAGCAGCAGCCAGGCUGGUGGCACAGAGCUGAGACACGAUGGAAUCUGGCUUCACCUCGAAGGACGCUUAUCUAAAUCAUUUUAAUCCCCAGGAUUACUUGGAAAAAUAUUACAGCUUUGGGUCCAGACCCUCUGCAGAAAACGAGAUCCUCAGACAUCUGCUGAAAAAUCUUUUUAAGAUAUUCUCCCUGGGUGGUGUAAAGGGAGAACUCCUGAUUGACAUUGGCUCUGGCCCCACCAUCUAUCAGCUUCUCUCGGCCUGUGAGUCCUUCAAGGAGAUCAUUGUCACUGACUACACAGACCAGAACCUUCAGGAGCUGCAGAAGUGGCUAAAGAAGGAGCCGGGAGCCUUUGACUGGUCUCCAGUGGUCACCUAUGUGUGCGAUCUUGAAGGGAACAGAACCAAGGGACCUGAGAAGGAGGAGAAGCUGAGGCGGGCAAUCAAGCAGGUGCUGAAGUGUGAUGUGACCCAGAGCCAGCCUCUCGGUGAGGUUUCUCUGCCUCCUGCGGACUGCCUGCUCAGCACGCUGUGCCUGGAUGCUGCCUGCCCCGAUCUCCCCACCUACCGAACUGCCCUCAGGAACCUGGGCAGCCUGCUCAAGCCAGGGGGCUUCCUGGUGCUGGUGGAUGCCCUUAAGAGUAGCUACUACAUGAUUGGAGAGCAGAGGUUUUCUAGCCUUUCCCUGGGAUGGGAGGCCGUUCGAGAUGCCGUGGAAGAGGCUGGCUACACCAUUGAGCGGUUUGAAGUGAUUUCUCAAAAUUACUCUUCUGCCACAGCCAACAACGAAGGACUGUUCUCCCUAGUGGGGCGUAAGCCAGGAAGAUCUGACUGACGUGCUGUGAUCCCAAUUAAAGGCUUGCUGGUUCA